AAUGGCCACAGCCCUGCGGCCGGAGGAUCUGGGGGCGCCUCCGGCGGGGACCCGUUUCCGGGGGCCAUACCGGGCCCCGCAGCCCCGCGGUCGCAGGAGAGAGCUCUUCCGCCAGCACUUCAGGGAGCUCUGCUACCGGGACGCGCCGGGGCCGCGCGAAGCCCUGGCCCAGCUCCGGGCGCUCUGCCGCCAGUGGCUCAGGCCGGAGAGCCAUACCAAAGAGCAGAUUCUGGACCUGCUGGUGCUGGAGCAGUUCCUGAGCAUUCUCCCCAGGGACCUGCGGGCCUGGGUGCAGGCGCACCACCCCGAGACUGGAGAGCAGGCGGUGACCGUUCUGGAAGAGCUGGAGAGAGAGCUCGAUGAACCCCAGAAGCAGAUCCCAGCCAGUUCAGAAAGAGAGGACAUAGUCCCGAACACGCCGGUCCUCGGGGAAAGGCCACGGGAGUUGCUGACUGUCCAGCUCCAACCCAAGGAGGCCCAGCUGCAGCAGGAAUGGGGGAAGCCACAUGGGAAUGGUGACAAAACCAGAACCAAGGGUACAGAGCUGUCCCAGGAGGAAGAAAGGCCCAGAGAUGUGGAUCUCUGUGGAGAGCUGGAGGACAAACCUCACGAAGGCUCUCUUCAGCAUCCAGAGUCCAGAGAUGUUGUCGGCAGUGAGGGUGGACUGAGACAGCAGCAGGGGGCGAGGAGACGCCAUGCAUGUGAUGAGUGUGGAAAGCACUUCAGUCACAGCUCAGACCUCAGUAAGCACAGGAGAACUCACACCGGAGAGAAGCCCUACAAGUGCGAGCAGUGUGGAAAAGCCUUCGUCCAGCGCUCACACCUCCUUGGACAUCACAGAGUACACACCGGAGUGAGACCCUACAAGUGCAGAGAGUGUGGGAAGGACUUCAGCGGGCGAACAGGCCUCAUUCAGCAUCAGAGGAUCCACACGGGCGAAAAACCCUACGAGUGUGACGAGUGUGGGAGGCCCUUCCGCGUGAGUUCAGCCCUCAUCAGACAUCACAGAAUCCACGCAGCAGAGAACCUGUGCUAGCAUGGGGGAACGCAGGGCCU